AUGCCUUCUGAGGCGUCGAUGCGCGGGUGGCCUUUGACGCCACAACUCUAUCUUCAGAACGUGCGAGAGGUUUUCCUCCACCGCGGCCUUGUCGUCCGCUAUGUUCUCCUGCCACUCUCGCUCGUGAUACUUCUUUGGACGAUACUGCGUUCUCACACUAGCGGGUCCCCUACUCACAGUCGUGUCUUCGGCGGUUGGCCAGCGGACUGGUACGCAAGACCGGACUAUGUAUAUUCGCAUGACCCUCCAUCGUACCCUCCACCUCCACCAAAGUCUUGGGACACAGCCGCGCAGUUGGUGAAGGAGGAGUUUGUGCACGCCUACACCGCGUACGAAGCGAUUGCGGCUCCGCACGACGAGUUACUGCCAGUGAGCAAGGGCCAUAUCAACAACUUCAAUGGUUGGGGAGUGACACUACAUGAUUCGCUCGACACGAUGCUGCUCAUGAAUCAGACCGAUAUGUAUCGGCGCGCAUACGAGCAGGUUGAGCAAGCAGACUUUUGGCUUCACCCGUCCAGGAAGGCACCCUUCUUCGAGACAGCCAUACGGCACGUCGGCGGCCUGCUUUCUGCGUACGCGAUCUCCGGUGAUGCCAUUAUGCUCGAGAAAGCGGAUCUGCUUGCCCGCAAGCUGUCGCCCGUUUUCAAUACAGACAGCGGGCUGCCGCAAUACAGCGUCAACCCCACGACGGGAGCUAUCAGUGACCGCAAGACGGUCUGUUUGGCCGAGGUUGCCAGCUGUCAGCCCGAAUAUAGCUACCUCAGUAAAGCCACGGGGCAUGGCGAUCACGUUCGAUAUGCUAAUAGGGUGUGGCGCGUCUUGCAGAAUGCAGACGUCUCCAAGUUCGGUGGCAUGCUGCCGACGGACUGGCGGAUACACAAGGGUGUACCAAACGACGAGAAGCUAACUGCCGGCGCUCAGGGCGAUAGCGCUCAUGAGUACCUACUCAAGCAGUACAUCCUCACAGGGAAAACGGACAAAGCGCUGCUUGAAAUGUACCUGAGGAUGACUACGCAUAUGAUAACGCGAAUGCUGUGGAUAACGCCGAAGCGGAAGAUUCUCUUCCCCGUUGCCACUCGCGGCGCUAUGCCCAAGGAUGAACGCGAGCGUACAUUCGAGCAUCUUGCGUGUUUCCUUCCGGGACUAUUUGCACUCGGUGUACAGCAUCUUCCACUCGACAAUCUCGCCUCCAUCGGCAUCGAUUUCCAGGCACUCGGCAAGGAUCUCAGCCCCGCAGGUCAAGCUGAAUACGAGCUGCUCUCGCACUACAAACUUUCUGAUCUACAUCGCUGGGCUGCCGUUGGCAUGGGAGAGGCCUGCGCGGUCAUGUAUGCUGAUCAGCCUACGGGUCUUGGUCCCGACGAGGCGCAAAUGACCCGGACUGCGGUACGCUGGAUCGACCAGCUCGAGGUCUGGAGACAAGGUGGUAGUGCGGGGACCCCACCCGGCGUUGCACCCGUGAUACCAGUGCGGGGAAAGGCGGGGUACGAGUUUCACGAGUACGAGCUAAAGCGAUUUGCGUAUGAAUUGCGACCUGAGACUAUCGAGUCUAUGUUCGUACUUUGGCGCACGACCCAUGAUGUGCGCUGGCGUACGCAUGGAUGGAACAUGUUCCAAGCCAUUGUCAGAUCGGCGAAGAAAGAUACCGGGUAUGCGUCCGUGUCCAACGUUGCAGACUGGCCGCCGUCGCACAAGGAUUCGAUGCCAAGUUACUUCACUGCCGAGACAUUGAAAUACCUUUAUCUCCUCUUUUCCGGCGAGGAACUGGUCCCGCUCGAUAAGUGGGUGUUCAACACGGAGGCGCACCCUAUGCCCGUGUUCAUGUGGACAGCGGAAGAAAAGACGAAGUUCGGGCUCUCGUAG